AGCAUAAAGUUCUCUCAGUUCAAGAUUUCAGCCUAUUAACUUUAAUACAAAAUAACCUUACAUUACAAAAACAUCAUUCACCCUCAGUUAGAUCACUUGCGCGAAAUUUACAGUUAACUAUUUCAGUACGCGGAGCAGCAUCACAAACUUCAAAUACUGGUAAUAGUAAUGAACAAAUUCGUUUACAAGAAAGUUCUAAAAAACUUCAAGAGGCUAUGGAAGCAUUACAAGAUGAUAUAUUACCAAUUAAGGCACGUGGUCUUGUGAUGCUUAAAGAAAUGGUUCUUGAGAAAGAUAUCAUUAUGGACGAAAGAGAUAAUUUGAACAAAGUUUUGGAUAUUUUCGUGAAUAUGGUUCAAGAUGAAGAGAGUUUUAUAUAUUUUAAUGCUGUAAAAGGGUUAUCUGCAUUAACUGAUAUUCAUGGUGAAAAAAUUAUGAAAAAGUUGAUGGCAAUUUAUGUUGAUGGUUCGCAAAAUCUGGAUAAUCGAUUGCGUGUCGGGGAAGCCAUUUUGCAAACUAUUCAGCGGUGUGGGGAUGUACUUGGGAAAUACAUCAUGGCACUUUUACCACCAUUGUUAUAUGUAUUAAACAAAGAACCAAAUAAAACAUUAAAAGUAUCUGCAUUAAGUAUCAUCGGAUGCGCAUGCGAAACGUCGCCUUUAGCAUUAUCAACUUGGUUUAGAGAUAUCAUUGAUUGGGUUUUGAAUAUUUUGAAUAUUCAAAAAGAAGUUGAAGUUCGGAGAGCAUCAAUAGUCCUAUUAAUAUCUCUUUUUCGUGGUCUUUCUUCACAUUCACAAUCAGUAUUUAUAAUUCCAAAAGAUUUGCUUGAAAAGAUUUGGAGAACUUUAAAGUACAUUGAAGAAAUUGAUAAGGAUGAAUUGAUUAGAUAUUAUGCUAGAAUUGGGAUUAGUGACUUGGAUGCAAUUUCUCGUGAUGAAUUAUUUGGUAGUAUUUCAACUAAUAUGUAG